AGAGAGAGGGGGUUCUCCUGGUUCUCCGUCGUUAACGCUCGCCCGUUCGACGGUUGUGCCGUUCGGUAGCUUCGUGGUCGGCUCAACACCGAAGGUGCCCGCGCGUUGCGUCACUCCGUUGGACCAUGAGAGGCACGGUGGCUGUCAACCUGCGUCAGAUGCCCAUGUCGCGGACUUUCAUCCGUGCGAUUCCCGUGGUGAGGUCGGUCCCCGCUGCGCGAACGGCCGCCGCCAGACGAUGUCUCUUCGCCGUCGACCACGAGCAGGUGAAGCGCGACCUGGAAGAAGAGAAGCGUGCUCGCUUCGCCUGCUUCGCCGAAGCGUACAACUUCGAUCUCAGCACGGAGACGCCCCUGCCCGGCCGCUUCGAAUGGCAGAGCGUCGCCGAACGGCCCGCGGCUGCGUCCAGCAGCGCGUCGGAAGCAGGGGACGCCGUCGUUGCUUCGGAAACAGAGGACGCCGAGGCUCCGAUAGCGCAGCGACCCCAGCGACCAGUGUCACCCCCUAAGCAACGCCUCAUCUCCGACUACUUCCAAGUGCGCAAGAGACCGCCGCUCCCGGAGAAGAGUGCCCAGCAGCCGCCGGCCAAGAUGGCGAGGCUCAUGGUGGCGCCGGAGUCGGUGCCGUAGCCGAGGGGGCGACCACCGAGCGGCAACCCGCAGCGCGGCCGCGAAGAAACCGCCCGAUGAAGAACCCCGUGCCUUCUUUUUGUGUGUGCGUGUGCCCCGCUCGUGGGCGAUGAUGAAUGAUCUCAAUGGCUGCUGCCCCCCCCACCCCUCCUUCCCCGCCUGUUCGAGCUCUUGUUUUUGUCUUUCUCCACGCUCCUAGGGUCGCUACACCUUCUGGGUUGCACUGCAGUCGUCGUCCUCGCGCCAGCUCCGUUUGAAUGCCGCAGGUUGCUUUUCCUUUCACAAAAGGAGCCCUGCGUGCAGCACCCGUGAUCUUUUACUCGACGCAGUCGCGUCAGAAUGUCCUCCAAAUGGGCCAUUCGAGAUGGAACUCGCGCUCGACGCAGCAUUGGCCCGCGGUAUUGUGUAAGUUGUCGACCCGUCGCCCACUAACCAACUAGCCAACUAACGCUUUCGAGGCUCGGCUACGCUACGUGUUGGCUGCCGGCAUCCUGUAGCCUGGAGUGGUUAGCGGCCGCAUCUUUGCGCGCGUGAGCAUUACAACUGUGAAAGCAACCGGCACCCAGUGCCGAUAAAGGAAAGGUGAAAGGCGCGAAUGAUGGCACGGCUGUUUCUGUAACUCAACCGGUGUAACGCCCCUUUUUAGUUGUCCUUUUCUUCUUCUGGAGUGAACACAUCCCCCCCGUACCUGAUCAGAGCGCCGUCACCAACACUACCACCGAGUUCCUAACUCCAGCCCACCCUCCCACCCAAUCACGUCGUCGUACCCUUUUCCACGAUCUCAGCCACACAAACUCACACAGAAAAGGGGAGCGCCGUCUGUAUUUCUUCCUUUCUUUCCUUUUUUUAAACGACAACAAAAAAUAUCUAGCAUUUUAUUUUGUUUUUAUUUGAUUUUAUUGAUGCGCCUUUGUUGUUUUUAUAGAGAUGGCGGCGGCCUCAGCCCACGUAUAAGUGUCCGGGCCGUGGCAGCCUCGGCAGUGUGCAAUAGGCGCCGCACCAAGGCGCCCCAAACACGUCGAAUGUACAGAGAGCCUCUAUUCGCAAAUAAAGAGAGAGAGAGCCGCCCUUGC